AUGGAUAAAAAUUUAUCGAAAGUUUUAAAUCCGACAUCAUCGUCGGAAUAUUCAAAAUCAACGUAUAAAAUAAUGAACGAUAGAUUUUUGGAUUCGUCUGAUGAAGACACGUCAACUUCCGACACGCACAGUUCGAGUGAUAACAUGCCUACGUCAUCAUCGGAAGUAUGGAAAUUAUUAGAAUCGAUAAAAAAAGAUCCGACAUUGGCAAAAUUAAGAGCUCAACAUCGAAACAUCGGAGAAGAAAAUGAAAAUGUCGAUAAUUUACCAGAACCGGAUAUGAAAGCAGGGAAAAAAAAAGAAGUGACGUUAAAACCGGAAGAUACGAUAUCGGUAACAGCAGAAGAUAAUCUUUAUUUGGAUCCCUAUCAAAUGAAAAUAAAAAAAAAUUUUGCCACGUUAAAAGUCGAUACGGAAUCAAAUAAAAAUCGUAAAAUGUCCGAUGGUAAAAUGAAAGUUUUCGAUCCUACAAUAACAACUGCAGGAGAUGAUCAAUACGAUGGCGAUGAUUUAAAAGAAUCAACUUGGUACAGGUAUUCGAAAUUGGGAGUCAUGAUACUUAUAUGGCUUUUAUGUACGAUAAUUCUAAUAACUAAAAAGGAAAAAGUAUCAAACUUACAUCAGAUCUCGGUACCACCUGGUCACACAAAGACUUAUUUAAUAUUGGAUCGUCCUAUAAAACAUCAAAUAAGCGUCGUCAUAGAGGGCGCUUUAUUACCUAAUUAUUACGCUAAUUUAAGUACGAGAUGGAUGACGGUUUGGGUGGAAAUGUUCGAAGCAAGAGUUGCUCUAGAACUUUCGACGCCGUUAAAAGAAAAUCACAUAAAAUAUUCAAUAAACGUGAGCGAAUUUUGGACCAUACCAUUAGUUUUGGAAGAACUUGUAGACAUCGUACCAGAAUUAUCUGUUAAAAAAGUAUUCAAUUUGAAAAAUUUCGAUUCGGAAGUUCUAUCAAAAUGUUUUGUGAGGAUACACUUUGAAACAAAUUUAAACAACAGUUUUCCAGUUUCCGUCGGUUAUGAUUUAUCACCGAUCGAUCUUGAAGAUGGAGUCAUAUACGCAGCCAUUGUUCUUUUAGGAUUGUAUAUAUUUAUAAUAUUCGAGGUCGUUCAUCGUACGUUGGCAGCAAUGUUAGCGGCAACCAUGUCCGUUGCGAUAUUAGCCGCUUUAGAUGAAAGACCAUCGAUAACGGAUAUCGCAUCUUGGAUCGAUUUCGAAACUCUCCUCCUGCUUUUUUCCAUGAUGGUAAUGGUCGGAAUUUUCGCGGAAACUGGAAUAUUCGAUUAUUUAUCCGUGUACACGUAUAAGAUAACAAACGGAAGAAUAUGGCCGCUCAUAAACACCCUUUGUUUUUUCACCGGAUUUUUAUCAUCGUUUUUAGAUAACGUCACGACGGCUUUACUCAUGACACCCGUCACCAUAAGAUUAUGCGAAGUCAUGGAACUUAAUCCCGUACCAGUUUUAAUGGCGAUAAUGAUUUUUUCCAACAUCGGUGGAGCCAUAACUCCAGUUGGGGAUCCACCCAAUGUUAUCGUCGCUUCUCAUCCUGACGUCAUAAGUUCUGGUGUGGAUUUCGGUGUGUUUUUCUUACACAUGUUUUUGGGUGUUUCCUUGGUAUCCGCCGUCGUUUACGUUCAACUUAGAUUUAUGUUUAGAAACAAUAAAGUUUUUAGAUUUGCCGAACCACAAGACGUGCAAGAACUAAGACACGAAAUUGUUAUAUGGCAAAGAGCGGCAGCAUCAUUGACGUCAUAUUCGAAAGAUGAAGAUGUCGUACGUGAAACUUUAUUGAAAAAAGUUAGAAGAUUGCUGUCGGAAUUGAAAUUGAAAUUGGUACAAGAGAGAACUCCCUGCGAAAAUUACAAAGCAAACCUGGAAGAAUUAACGGAAAAAUAUCCCAUAAGGAACUGGCCACUUCUUUACAAAUCCGGUUUCGCAUUGCUUUUUGUCAUAUGCGUUUUCUUUUUACAUUCUAUACCGGAAUUGAAUUUGUCACUUGGUUGCACAGCAUUUUUAGGAGCCACACUAUUAUUAAUAUUAGCCGACAGAGAAAACAUGGAAGGAGUUUUGGCAAGAGUCGAAUGGAGCACUCUACUUUUUUUCGCAUCGUUAUUCAUACUCAUGGAGGCAUUAUCGAGGCUUAGAUUGAUCGAAUGGAUCGGUAGAAGAACAGAACAUUUGAUUCUCGGGGUGGAUACCCAAUAUCAACUUUCCGUUGCUAUUGUAAUGAUACUUUGGGUGUCAGCGUGCGCAAGUGCUUUUGUUGAUAACAUACCACUGACGACGAUGAUGAUAAGAAUAGUAACAUCCCUCGCACAAAAUCCACAAUUGGAUCUUCCACUCAUGCCUUUGGUUUGGUCUUUGUGUUUUGGCGCAUGUCUCGGCGGCGUUGCAACCCUAAUAGGAUCAUCUUCGAAUGUCGUUUGUGCCGGAGUAGCAGAACAACACGGUUACAGAUUUACAUUCGUAGAAUAUUUCAAAAUCGGAUUUCCGGUCAUGAUAGUAAGCGUUUCCGUUUGUACCGUAUAUCUACUCAUAGCACACGUCGCAUUGGAAUGGAACACGUAA